AUGGACCUGAUCUCGAGGAGUUGUGAAGGUAUACCGUUGUUAAUAACUGCAUUUGCUGCCAACAUAAAUGAAGCGCAGAAGACAUCUACGCAUUCCGUCGGGCUCAGGGGGCGGACUGCAGAAUUUCAUAGCGUGGAAGAAGGCCCACAGCUACCUGACCAAGUCAGGCGGGCAUUAAGCCAUAUUUGCAGGGACCUUCCUGUUGAGUUGAUGACAUUGUUACAGUACAUGAACAUGUUUCCACGUGGAUACAUGUUCGAGAAGGAUUGUCUUGUCAUGAAGUGGAUCGCCAAAGGGCUCACCCAUAGUGAGGGAGAAGCAGAGUGCCAUUUCUCCGAGCUGGUUGAUAGGAAUAUCUUCACCCUGGUACCACCAACCGGGGAACACAAUCUUGAUGAAGCUGAGCCCUGCCGAUGGCAGGUCAAUAAGCUUGUGCUACAGUUCAUUUCUUCCAUAAGAUCAAGGGCAGCUUUUGUUUUCACCAGAGACAUGCUCACCAGCUUAGAACCACCAACCAUAAGGCCCUUCAGUGAGAUUUGUAUGCCACGGUGGCUAGCCCUCCACUCUCCUGUGCCAGCAGAUAUCCAAGGGCUGAUGCAAACAAUUGAUCAUUGGGGUCAAAAUGUUCGGUCGCUAGCUGUAUCAGGCCUAGUGGACCAGGUACCUCUGAACAAGUUUAACUAUCUGGUGAUGCUGGAUUUGGAGGACUGGAAGAACUUAAAGGAUGAGGACCUAUUGCAGAUAUGCAACAGCAAAAUGUAUCUACUGAGGUACCUGAGCGUCAGGAAGACUCAGGUCAGCAAGCUCCCGCCGCAAAUCAAGGAACUUUGCAGUCUGAGGACAUUGGACGUGAGUCACACGCAGAUAAGUAAGCUCCCGUCACAAGCAUUUGAGCUAGGCCAUUUGAUCAAACUGGACCUAAGAAGCACAAAGAUAAGAAUGCUGUCAGAGAAAAUUGUGGGGCUACAAAAGCUUCAACACCUUCUUGUUGGUGGUGAUACAACCCUCAGUUUAAUCAAAUAUCCUCUGAGCUUCACGCCAGCUCUUGGUGACCUAGCCUCCCUGAGGGUGCUUGCAAUAACAUGCUCUUUUCAUCAGUGCAGUGACGAGGCCUACCAGGACGCGUGGCUGUCAUCCCUUGAAGAAAUGGAGGCAGCUCGAGUCUUUGACUAUACAUUGCGGGCUCGGUAG